CGUUCAUCCGCGGACUUUUUCACCCUCAUUUGUCGUCAUGGGCGAGAAACGGAGGCUUUCGACACGCGAACGUCGCGAGCCUGCUGCAAAACGACGAGCCGCUGAAGCAACGCCACAACCUCACCCACCAUCCAGGAAGAAAGCUUCAACUCCUGUUGCUCCUCGUGCUCCAUCCAUUCCUGCUCCGGAACGCAUAGAACUGCCUCUUCCUUAUAAAAUAAAAGAUGGGGAGGGCCUCCCUAUACUGCCGGCUCCUCAGCCAUCAGAUCUGUCUCCGGAUGAAUACCAGUCGAUUGCGGAAAGUGCGGUCCUCCUCGCAUCCCUGGAACGAUCGAAGAAAAAAUGGUUGAGCGAUGGCAUCUUGGAGCGAUACUGGACGAAGCCAAAAAAGACAAAAAGGGAACUGAUCGAGGGCAAGAAUCCUCCUAAGGAGUCCAUGUCCAAAGUUGGAAGCUGCAACAUUGUGAUCGGACCGCAUAUCUUUGAUGCGAUGCUGUAUACCGUCAAAGACCCCAAUGUGCAGCCUCAGUAUACACCACCACAGCGGCAGAUGAUUCACUAUGGCCCUCACGGGAACACCUUCCAGCAAUACCAGCCAUAUCCGCCUCCCCAACAUAUGUCUCCUCCAGCGCAGCAUCCUCAUUCCUAUUCUACUGCUCACUCUGCUCCGCGUCAGCCAGUAUCGCAGCCCAUCCCUCCACCAGGGGCCCAGCCGCCAACACUUACUCCGCAUCAACAUGGGAACCCCCAUGGCUAUCAACCAUCUACUCCUCAGCCUGCGCAGAGGCCAUCUCCGUCUCAGCCUCCUCAACCUUCGAAACCCAGUCCGGAUCCGGUCAUUCAGAUGUUGGCUACCAGGGCUGCCUCGAACCCCGAGUUAAAGGCGCUGAUGAGAGUUGUGGCAUCAAGCAAAGCGUCGCAGGAACAGCUUCGAACAUUCCAGGCUCAUAUAGAUGAACUGAAUGCGAUAAUAAGGGCAAGGGAACAGCAGCGGCAACAAUCUCAAAUGCAGGGCCAAGUUCAGCCCCAUGCUCGCACACCACAAGCUUCUCAACAAUCACCGAGACAACAGACCCAACCACAACAUCAGCAACACCAGCAACAACCCGUACAACAAUCGCAGCCGACAAUACAGGCUGUCGUACCUUCAAAUUCAACCAGUCCACCUCAGACUCCGUCUCAGAAGCAAACGACGCCUCAGAUAAAGAAGGAUCCUGAAAUUACCCAGAAUACCCCGAAUCACCCACCUCUCAGUCACACUCCUUCAGAGACUCAGCACUCACCAGUGCCGAAACCUGACAUGACUCCAGCUGUGCCAUCAACUCCUAGUCCUUAUCCUCAUACUGGGCAGCCAAGUUCUGCCGCACGGCCGUCACCACAUCCUACGCACCCUCAAGCAGCAGGACCUCAUCCGAGUCCUCAAUACCCAGUUUAUCAGCAACCCCCUCAGCAGAUCCAAUCCCGCACACCGCAGUACGGCCCUCCAGGGCCUUACUACCGUCCAGCGGCGCCUCCGCCACCGCCUCCGAGGAUAAACUACAAGUCGGUGGUGUUCGAAUUUACUUCGCCUCUAACGCCAUAUGGAAGCAGCACCUCUGGGCAUGCGGGAUCCGGUGACCGCUAUCUCUUCCCCGAAUACUCAAUAUUGGAGUGGCUGCCAGGAGGAAAUGCUGUGAUUGCAUCUUUCUUACUCGUACGCAAAGUCGAUCCGAACGCUCCUUUCCCCCUUGAGACAGCAGCGGAAGCUGCCAGUGCUCGAGGCAAGGGGAAGUCAGGUUCUAAAUCUAAGAAGGCGAACAAGGAUAAGGAAAAGGGAACCAAGAAGGGGAAAAACAACACCACACAGUCCAGCCCUGCAAACCAGGAGACUCCUACACCGUCGUCAACACCCGCCCAACCGAAACCAACUGAAAAUGUGGCAUCUCAAGGAAGUCAAACAGACAAAGACAAAGCCGCUACAACAGCAACUGCUCCAAAUCCCGGCUCUGAAGACAAUGUUGCUAAGUCUGAAGAAGCAAAGGUGAGUGAGAAAGAGAAAGAUUCUAAUCUGAAAGAAUACUAUCAACCCGUGACUAUCCGGAUCUUCACCUCAAAUGCCAAGGUCCUUGAACCUCUAUCCCGCGUCGUGAAACCUCCAGACCAAGUACGCAAGUACAUGAAUGAAGUCAUGGACAGAGCGGAGCGUGCGCCUGAAGGCUUCCUUGCAUUGCGGCUUCCCCGGGAGGCCAAGGACGAUGAAAAAGAGACAGCAUCUUCGAAUGACAAUGAUAAGAAGGCUGGAAUGCCGACGUUAUCCUCCGGUGCCCAUAAUGCUCACUCUGGACGGAGCAGUCGAAUUUCGAGACAGAAAGCUCUGGAUGCUGAGGCUGAUUCUGGCAUUGAGAACAAUGUGAAUGUUGCUGGUUCCGCUGAGGAGGGUGGAGAGGAAGAGGAACUGAAGGAUUUCUAUGGUCCGCCAACCGGACUUGUUCCGUUGAGAGUGUGA